AUGUCGCUGUUAGGAUUACCUCGUUCGUUCGCGUUCAAGGUCCAUCAAUGUGGAUGGGGAAACUUGGUGACUCGCUUCCAAGGGACUAUCGGUCAUACUAUUCGAGUAAAAAAGGAAAUUGAGCGCAAGAAAGAGCAGUCGCAGCUGGGCGGCGGCGAGAAGCGAAUCAAAGCACAGCAUGAAAGGGGAAAGCUAACCGCUCGCGAGCGCAUCAAUUUGUUGUUCGAUCCGGAUACUUUCGUUGAGUACGAUGCAUUCGCCGAGCAUUCAUGCAACGACUUCGGAAUGGCCAGCAAAAAGGUAUAUUUGUUGUUCUGA